AUGGGAUCAUAGCUGUGAUAGGUUUGUCAACUUUGUGAGAUGAAACACAACUCGGAAACGUAUUCUUCGUCAUCUGAAGACGAGAGCUCUUCUGACGAAGAGUUGAAAGAAGUAGCUUUUACUUUGAGUGAAAGUAUUGCUCAACAGUUAUCAAAAAGACAAGAACGAUGUUCUCAAGUUGACAAUUCCAUAUUUGUUUUGGACAAAAGGCCAGGCAAUAUUUCACCCAACCUUUCGCCAAAGAAAGACCAAGGAAAAGAAAAAUUAAAUGAAACCUCAAAGAGUAACGCUAUUCGUAAAAAGAAAAAAAAGAACUAUGAUGGUUUAUCUUCAUACAUUCACUCUAACAUUAAUCUCAUGGAUCCAAGUUCUUCCAAACUCGGAACUUCACAAAAGAGACGAAAGAAUAAAGAGAAAGAUACUAACAAGAGUGACAGAACUGUACAGGAAAUUAUGAAAAAGAGUGUCAUUAAGCCGGAUUUUGAAAAGCAGGAUUCACUUGAACCAUAUGAGGAAAGUCUGAGAAAAUUAAAACAAAAAAGGAAGAAAGAACGUGAGAUGACUAAAGGCAAGGGAUGGUUUGGUAUGAGAGCCCCAGAAAUGACUGAUGAAGCUAAAAUGAAUUUGGAGGUGCUGAAAAUGAGAAAAGCACUGGAUCCCAAAAGAUUUUACAAGGGCAAUGAUAUGAAAGGACUACCCAAGUUCUUUCAAUUUGGAAAAGUUGUUGAAUCAGCAGCAGAUUUCUACCACUCCAGAGUGCCAAAGAAGAAACGAAAAGCAAAUCUUGUUCAGGAGCUAAUAGCUGAUGCAGAAUUUAGGAAAUUCAAUAAAAGGAAAUAUGUCGAGAUCCAAGAGGCCAAAAUGAAAGGAGAGGGGCCAUAUAAACGAAUGAAAAGACCUAAGAAGAAGAAAAAAUAAAUUUUAUUCAUAGUA